AUGCUUACAAAGAGGGGCUCAAGACCGAGACGGAGUCAACUCAUAGAGGUCGCUAAAUUAUUCGUGGGAAAGUACCCUGAGUCACUGCAAGACCGCUCUGUCACCGGGCAUGUUUUGGGGAAUGGGUAUAGUUCCUUUCUCCAACAGUUGGAAACGAGAGUAGAAAAUGUCUCUCGUGGGCAGAAUGCAGCGCUUGCAGGCUUCGCCAGCGGUAAUCUCUCAAAAAGGCAAGCAAAAGAGGCCUACGGGUGUGAAGACUGGCAGCCGUCCGGUAAUGGCAUAUCCAAAGAAAGAGCUCAGGAACUGCAAACGUGGCUCCAGACAGAGGUGCAAAAGCCGGAAGAGCUGGUUGAUGCACAUUCUGCUUCUCGUGCAAUGCAAGACACUUAUUUUGCUCAGCGUCUAUACAUUAAUUCUAAAGAACCAGCCCACAGCACAACAGAAAUAAAAAAUGCUUGGCCAAUGCUCUUCCAGCGCCGGUUCUUCCUUGCACAUGCACAACGGCUUCUUGGCAAGGAUGUUGAGGUGCCCUUCCGAGCGGGAAUGAGGGCGUAUGCAGGUCGUGUCAGUGAGGCUCUGAAGAAGAGCUCCAGUCCUCGUGGUCACCACUGGCUUGCUUUGUCAGAAAUUGCACGAAAGCGGACGCAGGUUCAUGAGGAUCCACAAGAAACAGUGCUGAUACCUCUCCUGGUCAGCGCCUUCACUGACCAAGAGGACUUCCUCUUUCAGGUGUUCGAUGAAGGCUACAGUGUUGUUGAUAGCCUGGACCAUCUCCCGUACACACCAGUGGUGGUAGUUCUCGGAGGAGACAUAUUUGCCCGCAACAAGUUCUUUGUAGUUGUGGAACAUGUCAUAAUAUUUGAGGCUGUCAGCACUUUCACCGAAGCAACGAUGCUCAUGUUCAUGGCCUAUUACAUGUUCAACAUGGAAUACCCAGAUGAAGUGGCUUCUACCCUGGAGUUCAUUCAGAGGUGAUUGAGCACAGUAACUAAUUGUCAAUUUUGGCAUCAAAAUGCUCGAAAAGGGAACA